CCAAUCCCAACCAAAGUAUUCCUUAAACACGAUAUGGAGGACACUGCCGGAGUCGGCGUCCGCUUCCCGCGGUACCGGCUGCCGUUUCUGUCGUUCCUCCUCUUCGACUCGGGCAUGGCCAUCUAUAGCUACCGCCGGUCUAACGGCGACGCGCCUUCUGUCGCCUUUGUGGUGGCCUCGUACAUGGUCCUCGUCCUCUGCCUGCGCCUGUUCGUGAGUGCGCACGCCUUCUUCUUGCAGUGGAAACGAAAGGGUUUUGUGUUGGCUCCCUUAAGAUCGCAUUUGCCAGAAACGGCAGGUGGAGGGAGCUCGGCCCACGAUCCGCGCGACACUGCAUGGUCCAGAACACGUUUGAUCGCGGACUCCGGCGCCGCCAUGCACGCCGUCGGCAACAGCUUGCUACUGGAGGGCUUCCGGCCCUACAGUCCCCCCUUGGUGGCGACGCUGGCAGACGGGAGCCAUCUGCGCAUCUUGGGCAUCGGGCGCAUACAGAGGGGCAACUUCAGCAUCCCCAACGUGUGUCUCGUCGAGGGGGUGAAGGAUGGCCUGAUCUCCACACCCCAGCUCGACACUCGCCAUGGCCUGGUUUCCUGUUUCGGCAAUGGCGUGUGCAGAAUCAUGGAGGCCGACGGCACGGAGGUCGGGGGCGCCGUCCUUGAGGAAGGCGGUUCCUACGUACUCCGCUUUCUGGAGGUCCCAGGUACAGCUCAGGUGUAAGGGAGAUAUCAAAAGCGAGGUGUGAUUGAGCAUGUAUGGUUUUGUUCAGUUUUCUUUCAGUACAUACAUGCUUGGACAUACUCGCUUGUCCCUCUUUAGACAUGACUCGAGCGCAUUAUUCAUCGGAAAUGUCAGAUGCGGAAUGAAAAAAAUUAGUGUUAGUGGUUGCUUAA